CGAGUGGGAGGAGUCAGCGCCGCGGCGGCACUGCCUUGGGAGGGAGACGUGUACAACUGUGCAUCUUCUUCCUCUUGAGAGCGCCCGAUCCAAGAAUCCAAUCGAGCGAUGUCGUCGAUGGCCGCAUCACCGUCUCCGAAGAAGAAGGUCAUCAUCGACACCGACCCAGGAAUCGAUGACGCCAUGGCCAUCUUCGUGGCGCUGAGGUCGCCGGAGCUGGAGGUGAUUGGCCUCACCACGAUCUUCGGCAAUGUCUACACGUCCCUCGCCACGCGCAACGCGCUACACCUCCUAGAGGCUGCAGGGAGGACCGACAUCCCCGUUGCAGAGGGAUCCCAUGUAACAGUCAAGAAAGCCACCAAGCUACGGAUCGCGAGCUUUGUUCACGGUUCAGACGGCCUCGGCAACCAGAACUUCCCCCCACCAGCCGGCAAGCCGGUCGAUCAAUCCGCCGCUGCAUUCCUUGUCGAGCAGGCGAAUCUCUACCCUGGACAAGUCACGGUCGUCGCCCUCGGCCCGCUCACCAACCUUGCGCUGGCUGUCGAGCUUGACCCGUCUUUCGCCAGCAAGAUUGGGCAGAUUGUUAUUCUCGGUGGCGCGUAUUCAGUUAAUGGGAACGUCAACCCUGCAGCCGAGGCAAAUAUAUUUGGCGAUCCUGACGCUGCUGAUAUAGUUUUCACCUGUGGAGCUGAUAUAUUGGCCGUGGGAAUAAACAUAACUCACCAAGUAGUUCUUUCUGAUGUUGACCGAAAGAAGCUUGAACAGUCUGACAGCAAAUAUGCUUGCUACUUGUGCAAGAUACUGGGUCUUUAUUAUGAUUACCACAUGGACGCGUACUCCACGAAAGGAGUGUAUCUUCAUGAUCCAACGGCUCUUCUUGCUGCCGUAAAUCCAUCGCUGAUGACUUACACGGAAGGAGUGGUGAGGGUUCAGACAGAUGGAAUCACGAAAGGUCUAACAGUUUUCGACAAUACCAAGAAAACGUAUGGGGAGAUAACAGCGUGGACCGGUAAGCCAACCGUGAAGGUUGCCGUCACAGUUGAUGCUCCUGCUGUUGUGGAGCUCAUGAUGCAGAGGCUUACCAUGGAUGAUUAAAACAUUAUGUUCGCAAUGCUGCGACCAAGAAUAUAUUAGUCAAUGUUACAUUAUGUAAUUGUUAACUUAUGGGAAUGAAAUGAAUCAUGU